CAUAUUUGAUUGAUCUUCUCGUGGGUAAUUUUGCCCCAUCAGAUUUUUUUCUCAUCUCCCUUUCAGCAUCUGAAAUCUGAAUAGAAAUUUCAUUUUACCUCGUGAUAUUAAACCACAUCAUAAGGAUCAUUUGGAUGUUGCAUAGAACCUAAAUCUCUUCUCUAUAUCUCCAUAUAUUCUCUCUCUCAUAUCAAUGGAGGGGUGUAGGCCAUUGGGUUUCUUGAUAGGCCUGCCUUUUGCCUUUCUUGCGCUGAUCUUCUCUUUAGUAGGCGCUCUUGUUUGGAUCCUCGGAACAUUGCUGAGCUGUUUGUGCCCUUGUUGCAUAUGUUGCACUGGAAUUGCCAAGUUGGCUGUAAGCCUUAUGAAGCUCCCUGUGAAAGUCAUAAGAUGGUUUAUUGAAAAGGUACCUUGUUGAUAGUGAAAUGGCGGAAUGUUUCUAUGCAAGAAAAAUGAAAAAAUAUUUGAGCGUGCAAAACUCAAGUUGUCGAUCAUUAUUUCAAUUUUUGUAUGUAAAAAAAAUUUCUCUUUCAUAAUAUUAUGUAGGUGAACGAACAGCGAACAUGUCGAUUAUUCGUGGUAUUGUAAUA